AUAGACUGACCCUUUCUAAACAGAGCCAGGAAGCAAGAGGAAAAUCUUUUUUUUUCUUUCACUUUUAUGCAUCUGUACCUUUGAAUCUGAUUGUGAGAACUCAGAGUUGGGUUCUUAUGGAUUUCCUCAACCUUGACCUUUCGGAAGAACCUCCUGCUGGUGUUAGAGCAAUUUUACCAACGGCAGAGGAUGAACAGGGUGUGAAUGUGAGUGAUACUGCUGUGAGUAUCCUGAACAGCAGCCUCACCACAGUCUUCCUCCCUCUCGUUUACAUCUUCAUCUUCAUUGUGGGGUUGCCCACCAACGCCAUGGCCCUCUGGGUGUUCCUCUUCAGGACCAAGAAGAAGCAUCCAUCGUCCAUCCUAAUGGCCAAUCGAGCGCUGGCUGACCUGCUCUUCAUCGUGUGGCUCCCACUGAAGAUCACCUACCACUUCAACAGCAAUGACUGGACCUUCGGGGAGCCGCUGUGUAAAGUCCUAGUGGGGUUUUUCUAUGGGAAUAUGUACUGCUCCGCCAUCUUCAUAGCCUGCAUCAGCGUCCAGCGCUACUGGGCGAUUGUCCACCCACUUUCUCAGAAACUGAAUAACCGUGUAACAGUGUGUGUGUGUGUUUGUGUGUGGAUUGUAGUCUGGGUCCUCACUGUACCGCUAUACCUGUAUGACCAGACCGUUAAAGUCAAUAAUCUCGAUAUAACCACCUGCCAUGACAUCACUCGCUCCAACCAAACACACAUCCCUGUUGGGUAUUUCCUGACCAUGGGCACUGUGGGAUAUGUAGUUCCCUGUGUGGUCUGUACUGUGUCCUACCUGCUGACCUUCCUCUCCCUCAGGAGGUGCGUAACAGACAGCAGCAGGAGUAAGAAGAAAAGGAAGGCUAUAGUCCUCAUGGUUACUGUGCUGGUGAUGUUCCUGGUCUGCUUCACUCCCAGUAACGUCAUGCUGAUGGUCCAUUACUCUCUGCUGGGUGUGGAGCAUCAGAAUUAUAUUUAUAGUAUCUACAUGGUUGCUCUGUGUCUGGGCAGCCUGAACAGCUGCCUGGACCCAUUCGUGUAUUAUUAUAUCUCGGAGGAGUUCAGAGAUCAUGUGAAGAACUCGCUGAUGUGCCGUAGUGAACGUACAUCCAAACAGAUGAAGGUUUCCUCUGGACCUUUGCAGGUCACAGAAGAAAUUCCAAUGCCUCCAACAAACACAACAACAUCUACAGUGGAACAUCCAAUUGAAGAUUCUCUGACUGCGGCACAAGAUUAGCAGAAUAAUUGGACAGUCUGGUGUGAUCAAAUGAUGAAUGUCUGGAUCAGGAAUGGAAGAGUGGGCUUCAUUGUGGCUGACACUCCAUGUAUUUAGAGUUGUAAUACUUUACAAAAUGGGAACAUAUCUUAACAACUUAAAUGGCAG